UUUGUUUGGUUAUGUUUAUGUUUAAAUUUAUUUUGCCGCCGUUCGUUGGAAGCUUGAAUGUUUAUGUCGUUUAUAAUUUUUUAUUUAUUUUGUGAUGUGUUUUUAAAUGUAUCUAAAAGCUUUGUUAACAAAUUAAUAUUACUGUUUAUAGUUAAUUCUUACAAGCGAGUUCAAACAAAAACGCUAUUGAUAAAAAAAGUUGUGAAGUAUUUUUAACUGUCAAACAGAAUCAUACACGUGCUAAAGUAUUAAUAUUUCGUAAAAUACAUCAGUUUUUAACUAAUGAAGUUAAUAAGAAUUUUCCCAAUUCCAUGAGGAAUUAAUAUUUACAUUAGUUUUCAAAUUUUCAUAAUGUAAGAAUUUAUAACCUCAAAACUGUGAAAAGAAUAAUUUUUAAUGAUACCUCUUUCACAGUUUUCAAGAUUAUUGCUUAAUGGGCAAAAAAGGAUUAAUGAAAAACGGUAUUUUAUUUGUUUUACUUCAACAUUGAAUCGUCAAGAAGAUCAAAAAGUCAUGAAGGUUCUUAAUGUUGCUGAGAAAAAUGAUGCUGCGAAAAACAUAGCAAAUUGCAUUUCUCGUGGUGGUAGUCGAUGGAGAGAGGGUUUAUCAAAAUUUAAUAAGAUCUACGAAUUCAAUACACAAUUAUGGAAUCAAAAUUGUCAAAUGCUGAUGACAUCGGUUUCGGGACAUUUAUUAACUUACGAAUUUGUGGGACCUUAUCGAAAAUGGCACGGUUGUCAUCCUUUAAGUUUAUUCGAAGCUCCUGUUGUUAAACAAUGUCCCGAAGACUUUACCAAAAUUAAACAAACAUUGGAGAGAGAAGUGAGAAGUUGUAAUGCAUUAAUUAUUUGGACGGAUUGUGAUAGAGAGGGAGAGAAUAUAGGAUUUGAAAUAAUUAAAGUAUGCACUGCCAUCAAACCGAAUAUUUCCGUUUACAGAGCGAAAUUUUCUGAAAUUACGAAUCAGUCGAUAAACAGGGCUCUUGCAACUCUCGGUGAGCCAAAUAAAGCAGUCAGUGAUGCUGUUGACGUGAGAAGUGAAUUAGAUUUACGAAUAGGAGCGGCAUUCACUAGAUUUCAAACAUUACGACUUCAAAAAGUCUUUCCGCAAAAAUUAGCUGACAUGUUAAUUAGCUAUGGAAGUUGUCAAUUUCCAACUCUUGGCUUCGUUGUGGAAAGAUUCCUUGCGAUUGAACGAUUUCAACCGGAACCUUACUGGAAAAUAAAAGUGGUGGAUGAGCGAAAUGAUCUUUACGUUGAAUUCAGAUGGGGGCGAAAUAGACUUUUUGAAAAAUUACCUUGCCAAGUUCUUUUUGAGAUGUGUCAGGAAAAUCCUUUGGCAACUGUCGAAAAAGUAACGAGUAAACCGAAAAGCAAGUGGAGACCAUUACCAUUGGACACUGUUGAACUCGAAAAAUUGGGCUCUCGAAAACUUCGACUCAGCGCAAAGGAGACAAUGCAAGCUGCAGAGAAACUUUACACUCAGGGUUUCAUUAGUUAUCCCCGUACUGAGACAAAUAUAUUUCCCAAGGAAUUAAAUUUACAGCCACUUGUACAACAACAGACAGAGAGCGGAAAUUGGGGAGAUUUUGCUCAGCGAGUGUUACAAGAUGGAAUUAAUCCUAGACAGGGGAAAAAGAGUGAUCAAGCCCAUCCACCGAUUCAUCCAAUUAAAUUUACUAAUGGUCUCCAUGGAAACGAGGCAAAAGUUUAUGAGUUUGUUGUGAGACAUUUUCUCGCGUGUGUUGCAAAAAAUGCCGAGGGUCAAGAGACAAUUGUUGACAUUGACAUUGCCGGAGAGAAAUUUGUCGCCAAUGGUUUGCAAAUUAUUGCAAAAAACUAUUUAGAUGUGUAUGUUUAUGAAAAAUGGAAUGCCAAAGAGAUUCAUUUGUAUGAACAGGGACAAACUUUUUGUCCAACUAGUAUUGAAAUGCCAGAGGAGACAACAUCACCGCCUAGUUUAUUGACCGAAGCCGAUUUAAUUGCCUUAAUGGAUAAACAUGGAAUUGGAACCGAUGCAACGCAUGCUGAACAUAUUGAAACAAUAAAAAAACGAGAAUACGUUGGUCUAACGAAUAAUCAACAUUUCAUGCCCGGAAAAUUGGGUAUUGGCCUUGUGAUGGGCUAUGACAGAAUGGGCUUUCAAAUGUCCAAACCAAAUCUCAGAGCUGAACUUGAAAAUGAUUUGAAAUUAAUAUGCGAGGGUCAAAAGAAUCCAAACGAUGUUCUCACGCGGCAAGUUGAUAAAUAUCGAGACGUUUUUAAAAUCGCUUUGGAACGUGCCAAUUUAAUUGAUACUUCUCUCGCUGAAUAUCUCAAUGAUGUUCCAGUGGCCACACCUGACGUUGAAAUUGCAAAUGUUGUGAUGAAUCCCACAAUUUUGAAAUGUCCCAGAUGUGGUUUUGACAUGACAAUGAAAGAUCGAAGAAAUCAAGAAGGAAAAUACAUAAGUUGUAUGAAUUUUCCGAAUUGUAGUAACGCUAUCUGGUUACCUUUGGCCGUUGAAAAUGUCCAAGUUCUAGACGAAUUAUGCAAUCAAUGUCCAGGAGGAAUGCACAAAUUGAAAUUUAAAUUCAAAUCGGGUGCAAUGCCACGUUAUGGUAUAGAGUACACGACAUGUAUCGGUGGUUGUGACGAGAUAUUCAACGAUAAUAUGGAGAUCAAAUUAAACAAUGUUCGAAAUACCGGACGGCCAAAUGACUCAGGUUAUAGUAGUAGUAAUAAUCAAAGUUCCAGUAGUACACAAAGAAAUAAUCAAAGUUCCAGUAGUACGCAAAGAAAUCAUCAAAUUAAUUCAGCUAGUCAGGGAAAUAAUACCACCAAUAGCAAUACGAAUAAUUCACGAUUUAUGUCACAACAACCGAGAUCGAAUCAAAAUAAUACAGCUCAAAUUCGCCAAACCAAUAAUAUGCGACAGCAAAAUGUACGGCCAAGUCAGAGUAAUCGAAAUAAUCAAGAACCAAGAACAAACGUCGGAAUGGUCGCAUCCAACGCAAAUAGCAAUUUAAAUAAUAGUACAACAACUUGGGGAAAUCUUGAUGAUGGUUCUUCAAUUUUAUGUAAUUGUCACAGUCCUGCUGUUCAACUAACUGUAAGAAAGGAAGGAGUGAAUCAAGGUCGACAAUUUUUCAAGUGUGCCAAACCACAAGGAUCUGGUUGUGAUUAUUUUAUGUGGGCAUCUAGCGAUGGAAAUAAUAGCACUGGGGCUCAACCUCCACCUCCACCUCCUAGAAAUGCUAAUAAUAGUAAUAGUAAUCAAAAUAGACAAAAUGAUUGGCGAAAUAAUUACAAUGCACCAGGCCCUUCGACAAAUUGGUCGAACAAUAGUAAUUUUAAUGCAUCUGGUGACAAUGUUAAUUGUACUUGUGGUCAACCAGCUAAAAAAUUAACAGUACAGAAGGAGGGACCGAAUAAAGGACGACAAUUCUAUGCAUGUCCGAAAGGAAUGCAAAGUUCUUGUAAAUUUUUCCAAUGGGCCGACGAAACGAAUACAAAUACGAAUUAUGGAGGUGAUGAUGAUGGAGGCGGCGAUGGAGGAGGAAAUUGGGGCAACAGAGGUGGUGGUGGUGAAUGGGGAGAAUCAUCUUCGGUAAGAGGACGAGGAAGAGGUGGAGGUGCGCCGAGGAAACCUCGAGCACCUGGAGCUAAAAGAAAAUGUGGAGUUUGUGGAACUGAAGGUCAUACGAAGAAAACAUGUCCUCGAAAUGCAAGAGAUUGAAGUGUUACAAAAGGUACAUUACAGUUUUGUUUUCUUUUUUUUUAAAUACUUUAUAAGUAAAAAUAUUAAUUGAAUUUUUGAUAAUCAAGUGAUACAGACAAGUUUUAUUAAAAUACAGAAAUAAUAAGCAUAAUAAUCUUUGUGAUUAGGUAAAAAGACAUACAUACAUUUAAAACGAUUUUGUGCCUUAUAUAAAUUAGGAAUAAUACUUUUAACUAUCGUUUAAACAGUUAAAAUUUUUAAUUCUUUAUCGAUAAGAAAUAUUUACUUUAAAGUAAAAUAUUACAAAAUAAUUCAAAUUCAUUCAAUUUUUCAUUAAGAUACAAUGAUUCUGAAUUUUUUCUUGUUGAUAUUAAUAAUGUGCGUAUACUGUAUAUAGUAAAAGUGAAAGUACCUCUUUUUAUUUUCGUAAUAAAGUAUUUAAAAUAUAA